AUGUCGUCCACUCUAAAGCUCGCCCUUCUGAAUCCUCUCCAACACCCCCUCAAACUCACUCCAAUCCCUCAUCACCACCACCGCCCCCGCCUCAGUCAACACCUGUGUCAUGUGCUCCUUCUCCUCCUCCGGAUAAGGCCCAACAUACCCCACCACCUUAAUUCCCGCCCUCGUCCCGCUCAACGUCCCCGACUUGCUGUCCUCAACAGCAAUACACUCCUCCGCCCUCUUCCCCAUGACCUUGAUCGCAUGCAGAUAAAUCGCCGGAUCAGGCUUGCUCGUCGGCACCGGCAGGCUCGUCGCCGCACUAUAAACAUCCUCCCCAAACUUGGCGAUGACGACGUCUUCCUCGCGGCGGACGUAGUCGUCGAGUUCGGCGUCGGUCAUGGAGAAGUUGUAGCGCUUCUGGAGGGAGACCAUCAUGCCGCGGAAGUUUUGGCCGACGAAUUCUGUGAUGAGGGAGGGGCCGGUGAAGGGCUGGGGGAGGGGGACGGAUUUGGUGGUGGCGAUUUCGUUGAUUAG